UGUAAACACGACGGAUUUUUGAGGUUAUGUUGCAAGAAAAACAACAUGAAGCGACCAAAAAGUAAAAUUUCUGCCGUGACAACUCUGCACAAAAACGAUAAUAAUCCCAUUUUGGUCAAAUUCCAGAAUGGAGAUCUUCUGCCUGGGCCUCAGGAGAAUCUCUCAUGUCACUUGGCGACUGAUAAACGUAGCAAGAAGACCCAGAAACUCAUUGCAUUCUGUGAUUCAUCAGUCUACAUUGGGGAUGUGGAGAGGGAUCCACAGAUGAACACCUUCAUAGCCAUCCGGAAUGCUGUUACCAAUAAAAUGAGGCUCGUACAGGUGGAAACGUGCUCCCUUCUCAGUGAGCAUGUUCUCAAAAUUGACGACGCAAGUGCCGUCCGGGUGGGUACAAUUGGGGAUCAAAUGCUGUAUUCUGAGUUUGGGAGCAAGAAAUCAAUGUCAAAUCACGAUAAGAUGCACAAAAACAAGGUCAAUGUGGACAUUUUCAAGAAUCAUCUGGACGACACUAUUCAGAAACACAAUGAGACCGUUGAGGAGGAACAAGACAUCCCAGACUUUGGAGAAACCGCCGACAACUCAAUUGUCCCUCCAAUGAACAAAGAAGCAAAGAACAUCAAAGAAUUGUACUCCUUGGAAGAGAUUGUAACACCAGAACUUCUUGCUGAACUCAAUGAUGUGGCUGUAGAAGUCCUAAAAACCUCCCCGGAAGAGCUUCCAAUUGACAGUGACUUCAUUCUCCAACGAAUCCGGAACCUUCAGAAGCUCAAUGAUACCAAUUCCGAGCAGAAACUUUUGAAGACAAAAGCCCUGAUUUAUCUGGAUGCUCUGAUGACACUGGUGAAGAAGGUGAGGAAGGGACAGAAUUUUACUCAUUUCAGCAUCUCAGACAUUUGUGACAACGUCGAAAUGAGCAUCCGGAAGAGAUUCAUUGAUCCCAGCACCACAAAAGCCAUCAAGACAGCUUUCACCACUCGCAAGGCCAUCUGCCACAUUCUCGUCCUGGCCAUUCUGCUCUCGGACAACCUCGAAAUCAGCGUCGACGAGAUGAAUGUCGAACUGAAGACGACCAACAGGAAGGAAAUUCUCGAGUAUGCCAUCUACAUGGGCCUCAAAAUGAGCAUCAAGAAGGAAUUCCUGGGUCUCAAGAUGCCUUCUGAGAUGGACGAAAAGCGUCGCAUGAAGCCCCAAAUGAAGCGACGCCGUAAGUAAAAUAUAUCAAAUGGUUUUAUUGCAAAUAAAUAAAUAAGGACAAGGAAAA